GCGUCACGGCUGUCAACCGCUCAGCUGCGCUCAGCUGUAGUUGUUUGUCUGCUGGCUGAGGGAGUUGAUUGAGCUUGUUUUUAUUUGGUUUUUUAUGUAGAACGAGCAAGCAAGGUGAAAAGAUAAACAGACAUAACACUCUAGCAGGUCAGAGUUCCUUGAAGGUGCACCCUGUGCUGCUGCCCUUAUGAAGAAGUCUGCCUCGGCUCCACCAGUCACUGUGCGAUUUCUCAACAGCUGCUCGGAAGAUCCAUCUGGAUCAGGGGAUGAAGGGCUGGCGGGCCGCUCCGCCACCGCCGAGGACGCCUCUGGUGACGGGAUGGCGCGGGUAGCACCGCCGGCCGAUCCUGUCUCUGCCGCCCCCGCCGCCGCCCCCGCCGCCACGACGGACAGCCAGCCGGUUCCGCCGCCCCGGAAACAUUCGGUGCGAAGCCGCGCCGAUGGCCUCCGAGACGCCCUGCAGGAUCUCUCCCCAGUCAAAGAGUUUGUCUCGCGCCUGGGCAAGUCUCGCUCCUCCAGUCUGGACGGCCCGGGAAUGGCAGCGGCCGCGGCGGCCACCGACCGGUCUGCAGAACAAAAGGCCGCCGCCGAGCCGGACAAGUGGUCCCGGCUGACGGAGUUCACCGAGAAAAUCACCAAAACCGUCGAAGGUAAGAUCAGCGACUACCGCGGCUCCGUGCGCUCGUCCACGUCUGUCGGCGGCGGCAGCAGCGGCGGCUCACACGCCGAGUUCGAGGUCCUCACGGAGUCAGACGUGCUGGAGGCAGUGCGGGAGGCGUCGCCGUCACCCCCGCCGCCCGGCUCGCCGCCGCCAUCAGCUUCCUCGGAGCUGGACGUGGCGUUUGUGAACGUGCCGAAUCCAGUGGCGGCGCCGGCCGCCUCACCGUCCCGUCGUGACUUCAAACUGGCCAGUAUUCGUCCGCAGAUCUUCGAGCGGCUUCAGAGGAGCGUGGGUCGGCCGCCGGCGACGCCCGCCUCGCCGUCCUCCGGCGGUGGCGGCCAGUCCUCCGGGACUGCGGGUCCGUCCGACAGCGUCACGCUCUCCGCUCUCCAGGGGAAGUACAUUGACGAGGAGGGUGUCGAUCUGGCCGAGGAAGCGGUGGAGGCGCCCCCGCCGCGGCCGCCGCCGCCGCUGCCGCCGUCCCGCCGACACAGCCGACUAGACUCUGAUGGUCGUUCAUCGCCGGCUCCGGCGGUCAGUCAGGAGCUCUCCGUGCUGGCCGGACCACCGCCGGACCUCUGUGACCGAUUGGCGGUGGCAGUGACCGGCGGAUGGCGCUGGCUGGCCGCCGUGGUGGCCGUCCUGCUGGCCGCCCCGCUGCCGGGCUUUGUGUCCGGUCUGGUGGUGGGUGUGCUGGUGACAGCGGCGGCUGCGGCCGUGCUGCUGCCUCUGCUGCGACCGCCGCCGCGCCGCCUGCCUCCGCCGCCAGCUGUCGUGCACGGUAGACCUCCGGUUAAGGAGUAUCAGCCCUCGCUGAUGCACAAGGACUGGAUGCAUGAGCUACUGGUGGGCCCCUACGCACCUGCCACGCACCAGCCGACCGAGCCCCGCUUCGUGCGGCUGGAGGGCACCAUGCUGAGAGUCUCCCAUCCGAAAGGCCACGUGCCGAAGCGCGCCUCGUGCGAUGAGCACAUUCCGAACCUGCCGUUCCUACAGCAGCGGAUCUACGACAUCUCCGGCUGUGAGGUGCUCCUGCUGCCGGACGGACUCCAUCCCACACGUCGAUGGGACCGCCGCUACCCGCUGUGCGUCCGUCUGGACAGCUGCCGCCAUUGCGUCCCCCAGCUGACAUUGUGUUUCCACAGCCGGUGGAACCGCCGGUACCCUCUGUGUGUUCGCCUGGACAACUGUCGUCGGGUGACCCGGUCUCGCGGCAUGCUCGGAGCGACGCCGCAGAAGGGCGGGUCCACCUCCGACCGCGGCAAGGCGACAGACGGUGAUCGCGAGUCGAGUGGCGGCCCGCAGGAGGUGGCGCACGACGGACUGGCCGCUGACGAGCCGCGCGCCAUUUACCUGUUCGCGCGCACCGACAGAGCCAAGGAGCACUGGUUCCGUCUGCUGCUGGAGGCCACACGUCAGGGUUUGGAGAAGGAGACGACCAGCAUCUCACAGGAACUCACUGGUCGAGAGAGUGGCUCGGAAACGACGGCCUCUACCACCGGCGCCACGGCCUCAACAACGUCCACGUCCACAUCUACAUCUGCUUCCACGUCUACGGCAACCAACACCACAACCACCACUACCACCGGCACCGCCGCCGCCACUAGCACCACAUCCGCUGCCGCUGACGGUUCCGGCUCCGGACCAGGAUCAGGAUCUGGAUCAGGCUCAGGAACAGGCUCAGAUACGGACAGUGGACAGCAGGAGUCGACGGAGGAGAACGCACCGCCGGCCCUACAGCCGUCACCCAAACUGGACUUUGACUACUACAUGUCCAAACUGAUACCGAUGCCGUCGGAGGAGGGGUCCGACUCCCGACCGCCGUCCCCCGUGGAGGGACCCGGCCGAGCCCCGCCCACCACCGGUCACGUGGUCUGGUUCAACGCGCUCAUUGGCCGGCUGGCGUUCGACGUGUUUGGAAACGCCGACUGGGCAGCCUUCGUGCAGAAGCGCGUCCAGCGUAAAAUAUCGCGCAUCAAGCCUCCGUACUUUAUCGAGGAGCUGACGGUGACCUCGUGUGACCUGGGCUCUGUGAUGCCCCGUAUCACCUCCGUGUCGGCUCCCAGCUGCGACGAGCGCGGCCUCUGGAUGGACAUGGCUGUGCUGUACGAGGGUGGUGCCUGUGUUACUCUGCGCACCAAAGUCAACCUGAUGAAACUCAAAAAGCCUGAUAGGGACGAGCAGCAGCAGCAGGGGGAGAGCGGAGCCGAUAAGGAUCAGACAUCCUCGCCGGCGGAGGCGGGCUCUGACGCCAAAUCGGACGAAAAGUGCGCCACCUACGCCUGCGAUCGGAACGACGACUCGGCCGACGUAGAGUCUUCCAGUGACGAAGAGACAGACACGCUGUCUGCCGCCUCCGACGGGGGUAGUGGUCCGCCGUCGCCCGCGCCGUCUGCCUCGUCCGCGGGCGGCCAGGCCGGCUCCGGCUCGUCCAGCGUCGGCAAGCGGCUGCUGAAGGUGGUGGACAAGGUGACCACGUCCCGCUACUUCCAACAGGCGGCUCAGAACCGGUACGUGAAGCGCUACAUGGAGGAGUUCUCCAACACGCCGCUCGAGCUAACGGUGACGAUGCGGCACCUACAGGGCGUGCUGACGAUCAACAUUCCGCGACCGCCCACCGACAGAAUAUGGUACGGGUUCCGCGGCCAGCCGGACACGCUGCUGUCUGCCCAGCCGCGGCUCGGUACCCGAGAUGUCACCCUCACCCAGGUCACCGACUGGAUCGAGAACAAACUGGUCGGAGAGAUGCAUAAGCUGCUGGUGCUGCCCAACAUGGACGAUCUAAUCGUGCCGCUGCUGGCCGGAGCCACGCUCGACGGACCCGAUGACGUCACCGGUGACGACUGACGGUAUAUGACGUCACCGGCUCGGCGCCGCUAGGUAGGUGCCACCGGGCCGGAGCACGAUAUUAGUGUGUGGAAAAAUGUGCAACAUUUUUUUCACCUACGGUAUCUAGUGGAGUGUGACAAUAUCUGAAGAUCAUUGGUGUGAGUUUCAUCAUCAAAAGCUGGUGCGUGGAAGCGGAUUUAUCCGUAUUCAUCGAUUUUGGUCUGAUGAAGUGCCAGUGAAGCUGAAAAUAGCAUUGAAGGCGCGACGGUGGUCGGUUGCUGUGUUCUUAGUAGGCAUUCCUUAGUGCUGUGAGCGGACCCAGUAUGGGAAGGUCUGGACACUCGGUGCUCUGUCUGACCGUCGGGUGAGGGGAUUCAAUGACUUCAAUCAAACGCACUCAUCAAACUGCGGGACAGAGCUGCGGUCUGAGAGACGCACUUUGCACCGCACGGUGAUGGCGGAUCACACAUGCUGUCGGCGAUAGUCAAAGGCUAGUCCAGAGCUGUUCACGCGUCUAUCGAAACGAGAAGUUAGUCCUCCAGUGGGCAUUCUGCUGUGUAGCUUCCCUGUGGUAGUGAUGUACCCGUUAGCCUUAUGGCCUAUGUUGUAGUGGACCACGCCUAGCGAUCGUGACUGGAACCGCCCAAUGAUGAGCUGUAUUUACGUGUCCUUCCGUCUAUCGAUGUCUGGUGCCACUGCCCCUUCUCAUGUAUCGAGUUUUAUCUGUGUGUGUUGAUAUGUGUUCGACUAUCGGCAGUGCACACACUCGUGUCAUUUCUAUUGAGCGUGCGGUGGUUAUAGAGAGCAAAUUUCUUCGGUCACUGGGCGGACUUUGAGCCAUCACGCGGCUUCCAGCUGUUGUUUCCGUCCUUGGUCAAAUGUCUCUCCCGGCCUUUCUUUCCGCCCGGUACUGUCGCAGAAACUGGGACUCUUCCAUGACCCAAAAGUCAGGGGCAGUCCAGAGGACUCACCCCUGUUCUGGUUUGACCUGCAUUGUCAGCCGAAUGCGUAUGUUGCAUGAGCUUCUAUGGUCUAUGGGCAUAACUACAGGGUCAGUUUCUGGUGUUCAGAUGUUAGGGAACAAAAUUCGGGCAUAAUUUUUGUCAGCAUGACUAGUAAGGUGACAGCAGAAAGUGAACUGGAUAUUUUGUGACAUCACGGGAGAGAAUUAGCUGUGAACACUGCUACUCUCAACACCCAUGACACUGGAAAUCGAUGGUAACGGCGCUGGGUUAGGGUGGUUUGCAGUGGAUCCACGACACGAGCAUUGACUGGGGAGUGUAAUGUAUAGCUGGUGCUGGACAAAUGGGCACUACACUGGGGUAUUGCUCACCAAAGUAGGGUGAUGGGGGAUGACAUUGGAAGGCAGUGACAUGUAAAUACACCCAUGCGACUGUCGGUAGCGAGGACGGCAUUGGUGUCGCGGUACUGUGGUGUCAUCUUACACCGUACUGCGGUGUCAAUAGACACGUUACUGCGGUGUUACCCACAGUCUCGGGCGCGGUGUGUAACUGGGCAGCUGAUGGCGCGGGUCCCGGACUGUUAGCUCCAAUCUGUACUGGUGAGGGUGUGUUAUGUUACCGCUUGGACCAGGUGGAUCGGUCAGGGCGCUUGAGACUUGGUUUGUUUGGCUAGUCAGUGAUCAUAUCCAGACUGAGAGUUGGCUGGGCUGCGAUCUAUCUCCCGUUUCCAACUGUUCAGAACGACGAGAACGUGUGUGUUGGCUCUAGCCCGGCUUUAUGUAUUCCUGCGUGUGCAUGUUUCGCGUUAUAACUUGUAUACAGUGUUUGUAAUGUUAUAUAUUGUGGAAUAUAUUUUUGACAGUGGUAA